AUGGCGUCAAUUGCAAUAUCUAUUCCAGAUGGAGAGGGAGUACUUGCUCUUCAAGAGAAAAAGAAGUUUCAGUUUUCUCAUCUUCCGAUUAUUUCCUAUCUAAGAGAUUCUCUUCCUCCUAUUGUUGCCUAUCUUAGAGAGAAGAAAACUAAGCAUGACUUGAGAAAACUGAUUCACAGUAUCAAGGUUGGAACUGCCCUAGUUUUGGUUUCACUUCUCUACCUACUGGAUCCUCUUUUCGGCCAAGUUGGAGAAAAUGCCAUGUGGGCUAUCAUGACUGUUGUUGUCAUCUUUGAGUUCUUCGCAGGUGCUACACUAAGCAAGGGCUUGAACCGUGUAAUCGGAACCAGUUUAGGAGGUGGACUCGGGUGUUUAGAGGCAGCUUUAGCUCAACAAGUCGGUGGAAUCGGCAACCCCAUUGUUGUUGGUACUUCUGUUUUCAUUUUUGCUGCAGCAGCCACGUAUGCACGAUUGAUUCCGAGGAUUAAGAAAAAAUAUGACUACGGGGCCCUCAUAUUCAUCCUCACCUUCAAUCUAGUAGUGGUGUCUGGUAUACGUGCUGAAAAGGUAAUUAUAUUAGCACGUGAACGUCUCUCAACAAUCGCUAUGGGUCUCGCCAUCUGUAUUUUCAUAAGCUUGCUUGUUUUCCCGAUAUGGGCAAGCGAUGAACUUCACAACUCUAUGGCCUCUAAAUUCGAAGACCUCGCACGCUCUGUUGAAGGAUGCCUGGAGGAAUACUUUGGUUUCACGAGCGAAAAGGAAAACCAGCCCACUGCAAAUUUUAGUAGCUGCAAAUCCAUCCUAAACUCCAAGGCAAAGGAUGAGUCACUGGCAAAUUUUGCAAAAUGGGAACCAUGGCAUGGAAAACUUGGGUUUUCCUACCCUAGGGAAAAAUAUCUACAGAUUGGAGAGCAACUUAGAGAGGUAGCAGCAACCAUCCUUUCACUGAAAGGUUCUCUUCAAUCCCCUAGACAGCCCCCAACAACUCUGAGGCAGUCAUUUAAAGAACCAUGUGAAGCAGUUGGAUCGUUACUUGCAGCGACUCUAAGGGAGCUUGGAGAGAGUAUGUUGAAAAUGAGAAGAUGCAAUGCAGAGGCUUCGAUAGUGCCAAAGUUGAAGGCAAUGAGAGUAGAGCUAAACUCGGUUAUGUCACCUUCGAAGCUAGGACCCAUAAUAGAGAAUGGGGGACUUGCAGUGGCAACCUUUGUGUUCAUAUUGAUGGAGAUGGUGGAAAAGAUGGAGGAACUGGCAAAGGAGGUUGAAGAACUUGGAAAGCUUGCUAAUUUCUGUUACGUACCCCCACCCCUAGCAGCUGUGAUAGACGUGGCAUGACUAUAGAGGAACCCGAAGACCUAGUUGUAAUCCAAGAAGAAGAUCCAAGUGGCAGCCGAUUUGCAUGGAAGG